AUGGACACAAAGGACAUCCCAGUCCUAUUGCGGCCUGCUAUUACCCUGGAAGGAUGGGUAGAGUCGGAACACCGGCCGUUUAUUCCGUAUUUCCGCAACGCCAUGAUGCCGACCAACGCCAGACCAACGCCGGAAGGGCUGGACUCGUCCAGUCUCAUUUUUGCACCAUUCAACAUGGAAUCCAACAGAACCACCCGAAUGCAAAGAAGCAUUGUUCCUUCCCUCGUGCGCACAAUCGAUGCCGACUGUGACGACAGGCAACAGCCUAGAGCCACCGCAAACAUGAGACUCACACUAUUCAACAACAUCACCACUGCCGUAUCCCCCGGCAGACAUCGAGUAUUCAUUCAAGCUACCCCCUCGGACCUGGCCACCCCCUCGGACCUGGUCCCUUCCAUCUGCUUUACUCGCAACCCUGACCAAGAUCCCGUUCUGCAGAGCUACAUUGGUGCCGCCAUCAGCCAUAUGCACAACCGGGCCCACUGCCAUGUACCGGAAGGUCUCAACUCCUUUAUCGUCAUGGCCAAACAGACAUCAAGACGGCGAAAAGGCAUGAUUACGUUUGGGGCUCAUGUGGACUGCGACGUUUGCUACGAACUGGUACCAUACGACAGACACAUAUGCACCUUUACCCUGACCAGCAGUGGCGACCUCGUCUUGGUCGACGAAGCUGCCAUCAAUAAACCUCUGAUGUCUUCUCACCCCGUGACCAGAGCCGACUCCCAGAACCAACCGCGUGCCCUCGAAAAGUCCUCGAUGAGCAAUGAUGCUAAUCUUGGCCCGUGCGCGGGGCAGCGCCGCGUCAUCCCCAUGUCCGAUGUCGACCGGUGCGUCGAGGUUGGCCCUGGUUGUAUCUUUGCCUUCAGGUGGCGCGUGCCGCUCGCGGGACCCGCCAUCAUCGCGAGCGCCCGUGAACAACUCGCCCGGAUCUACGCCGCCUGCCCGCAACAGUACAACAUCGAAGACCCCCUCCUCGACAAGCUCGCCCGCGAGGCCCUGAACCACCCGCUUGACGCCCGGCCGCUGCCGGAAAUGCACUGCUACGGCUCCUUGCGCCGCCGCGACAUGGGCGGGUGCGUGCGCGAGCUGGUCGAGUUGCGCAGCGGCAAGGUCUACGCGGUCAAGAGGCUUUUCGGUCCGCACAAGGGCCCCAAGGUUGAGGAAAGAGUCGCGAAGUGGAAGAGUCUGGCCAAACUCCAAAGCGAGAGAUUCGAUUCCUUAGACUAUCAUAGCAAUAUCCACCUGCCACAACUCGUGUACGGCUUGGCAGGAAACGAACCCUGGCUCGACUGGUACUACGACCUCUACCAGGGCAACGCGCGUGACUACUUUGCUCCUUUGAUAUUGCCCCCGAAGAAAGCCCGGCUGUUCGACGUAUACAGCGCCGUCGUCGACCAACGCAUGCGGCUGUUCGUAGAGCAGACACUCCCAGCACUGGCGUACCUCGAGGUGCAUGGCAUGGUGCACGGCAACAUCAAGCCGGAAAACGUGCUCUACACGACGACACUUGUCCACUAUCCGCACCAGCCACCCGGGAAGAGUGUGCGCUUCGUCCUGGUGGAUUUUGCGUUUGGCGCCAUCGGAACGUGGUUUGGCACGUUGGGGUACAUGGCGCCUGAGACGCUGGAAACCUACAAGGUCUCGCACAAGGCGGACCUGUACGCGCUCGGCGUCACUAUGCUUGAGCUUUUAGGCGUGUUUGAGGUCUCCAAGCUCUGCGGCGGCAUCAAGUACUGGAACAGCAGGAUGAAAGCGCUCACGGGCAAGACGGUGUGUCCCGACGCUGAGGAAAGAUAUGACGAUACAUGGAGGUACGGGCACAGGCAGGUGCAGGAGCUGUGCGAGCACAGAAUGCUGAGCGUCCCGCUACUGGGCAUGUUGCAGCUGGAGUAG